AUGCCUUACUUAAAGUAUGCUAAGACACUCAUUGAGUUGCUCGGGGAUGUCUCUAUUCAAUAUGUCCCAAGGAAAGAGAAUGGGCAAGCUGACGCUCUGGCUAAACUGGCAUCGACUCUAUCCAUCCCCGAUCAACAGGUGUAUAUUCCGAUACGCAAAGUUUGGAUGGAUUCCUGCAAGUAUGAAGAAGAAGAAUGUGUUGAAAAAGAGGCAGAAGCAGUUCAUUUGAAAGAAGUUAAAAAGGAGACGGUAGCUGACUUCAUACGAGUCAACAUCAUUUACCGUUAUGGGGUUCCUCGGUGUAUCAUCACUGAUAAUGGAAGAUCUUUUGCCAAUACUCACAUCGACAAGCUUUGUGAAAAGUUUGGCUUCCAACAAAAGAAGUCCUCGAUGUAUUAUGCACUGGCAAAUGAACUCACAGAGGCAUUCAAUAAAACACUUUGUAACUUGCUAAAAAAGGUUGUCUCCAAAUCAAAAAGAGAUUGGCAUGACCGCAUUGGUGAAGCUUUGUGGGCCUAUCGUACUACAUUCCGCACUCCAACACAAGCGACACCAUACUCACUUGUAUAUGGGGUUGAAGCUGUCCUCCCAUUGGAAAGACAAAUUCCUUCACUAAGGAUUGCUCUUCAGAAAGAAUUGACGACCGAAGAAAAUGUCAGAUUAAGACUCGAAGAGCUAGAGGCUCUCGACGAGAAAAGACUACAAGCUCAACAAAGACUGGAGUGUUAUCAAGCACGAUUAUCUUGA